AUUUUGCUGCAAACAUGUUGGCGGUUUUCGAGAAAGCAAUAGGUAAUCCACCACAGGAGCUUGGGCUUCCUUCAGUUGGCUUAGAUUUUGAGGGUAAGAGAACUUGGGAAGAAAUCUUGGAGGCUUUCCGGUUAUUGUGGCCGGAUUCAACCUUGUACCACCUUUCAAAUGGGAACUUCGUGGCUUCGCCACAUGAAGCUGAGAGUCCUUUGCAUCCAAGGUCCACGGUUGUUAUGGAUGACAUCUUCUGCAUUUUUAUUGGGAUUCUUGGGAACAUUUCCGAACUCAGACGACAUUAUGGCCUGUCUAGACGAGCUACAGAAGCCAUGGUUGUGGUUGAAGCUUACAAGGUCCUGAGAGACCGAGCUCCAUAUCCACCAGAUCAAGUCAUUAAAGAUCUAGAAGGAAAAUUUGCUUUCAUUGUUUUUGAUGCUAAAUCUGGUACCCUAUUCGUGGCCAGGGACCGCGAAGGAAGCGUUGAACUUAAAUGGGGAAUGGCUGGAGAUGGCUCCCUGGUUUUGUCAGAUGAUCCGAACACCAUACAAGAGGCUUGUGGAAAAUCCUGUGCACCUUUUCCUCCAGGCUGCAUUUUUAUGAAUGUGAAUGGUCUUAUAAGCUUUGAUCAUCCACUUCACAAGGUAAAAGCAAUUGCUGGCGAAGAUGAUGAUGGGAAAAUUUGUGGAGUAAUUUUUCAGGUGGACUUGUUCACAAGACUCCCUAGCAUUCCGCGCACUGGUAGCGCUGCAAAUUGGGCAGAUAUCACCGUCGUAGAGGGAGAAUGAAAGGGAUUUAAUCAUCCCUUGUGCUGAUCAGAACAAACAAGGAAAAAAAAACAUGACAAGUGUGUCUUUGUUUUCAAUGUGGUGAAGCUGAGUAAUUUAACCUAGUCUGGAUUCUGGGGCACUGUUUAUGUUCUUAUUAAUAAUGAUCAGUU